CUGCACCGUGCGAGCGAGGAGGAGCGGCGAGAGGGGGAGACCUAGCAGCAGCAGCAGCGCGGUGCAAGCCCUCCCGCAAAGGACAGCGACAUACUUCAAUACAGAGCAGCAGGGCCUCCCCUUCCAGCCUCCCCCCUUGGAGGAAUUACGGACCCCUUUGCAACAAGCUCCUGGGCUUUGACCUUCAGCAAACCGGACCCCCCCCCCCCGCCUUCCCACUACGACCCUCCCCCUCCACCCCCGCACACUCCCCCUGGCUUGGGUUGGACAAGGAGCGGGGAAGGGUUGCAGCGCGCACGCACGCACAAGAUUCAGUUGUGUUUGGAUUUUUUGUGGCAUGGGAAAGCAGCAGCGAGCAGGGAUGCGAGGAGGCGAGCAGCGGCAAGAGGAGGCGGAGAAGUGCUGAGCUGCUCAGCUCUGCCUGCUGCCGCUUUGUGUGUGUCCUGGAUUUUUUUUUUUUGUUUGGAAGGAGCCGGUGGCAGCGGCGCUGAGACGAGGAAGAGGGGGAAGCCUUUUCAUUCAUUUUUAUUCCGCAUUUGUAGGGUCUUCAGCCACCCGGACUUACUGUUUGUUUUUGUGUUUUACUGUGGCGGAAGCUUGAAGGGGGGAAUCCCUUUGGAGCAGCCUCAGGUCUCUGCUUGGGGGAAUAAUCUCCAGUCUCGGGAAGCUGUAUUUCCUCCUCCCUCAUAAGCUUGUUUUGGAUUCCCCCCCUGCCCCCUUUCCCAUCCAGAAUUUUUUUUUUUUUGCGUGUGUUUGCUGCGCCUGUGUGGUGUUUGAAAAUGGAGGCUGAAGAUACAGACUGCCAGCCCCAAUGUGCUUCAUGUUUGCGACUUCUGUGCACAUUGUAUCACUGCAGGCAGCGCUGAGGGGGAGUGUUGCUUCGCCCUUUCUGGGGGAGCCCCAGCCCAGCAUUUUCAUUGUUGUCUGUGGGUGGCUUCUCCGGAAGAACAGCAGCGAGGGAAAUAGAAACCUUUUGAUUUUCAAACCCAAAGGGGUGGUUUUUGUGUGUGCGUGUAGGAGGAGGAGGUUAUUUCCCCCUCUCCCAAGGUCUCCCCUCACUCUCCCAAUUUAUAGCUCUUUGUGAGUGGAGAGGGGAGAAAUUUGGACUUUUAUUUUUUUUUUUUGGAAAAGGGGAUUUUGUCCGUAAUUAAAAAUAAAAAGGAAUGAAGUCUGGCGCUGGAGGAGGGUCCCUGACCUUAUUCUGGGGGUUUCUGCUCUUCUUUGCCACACUUUGUCUGUGGCCAACAAAUGGAGAAAUUUGUGGGCCAGAUGACAUUCGCAAUGAUAUCCAUGAGCUGAAGCGCUUGGAGAACUGCACGGUAAUUGAGGGUUACCUCCAGAUUCUGCUGAUCUCCAAGGCAGAGGACUACCGCAACUUCCGCUUACCAAAGCUCACAGUUAUCACCGACUACUUGCUGCUGUUCCGCGUGACAGGCUUAGAGAGCCUCAGCGAUCUCUUUCCCAACCUCACAGUCAUUCGCGGGAGGAACCUCUUCUACAACUAUGCCCUGGUUAUCUUUGAGAUGACUAACCUCAGAGAAAUUGGGCUUUACAGUCUGAGGAACAUCACCCGUGGGGCCAUCCGGAUCGAGAAAAACUCUGAUCUGUGUUACCUCUCCACGGUGGACUGGUCUCUGAUACUAGAUGCAGUGUCCAACAACUACAUAGUUGGAAAUAAACCUCCAAAGGAGUGCGGGGACUUGUGUCCAGGGACGAUGGAAGAGAAGCCAUUGUGUGAGAAGACCUCCAUUAACAAUGAGUACAACUACCGCUGCUGGACCACCAACCACUGCCAGAAAAUGUGCCCCAGCGCUUGUGGCAAGCGGGCUUGCACAGACCAAAAUGAAUGUUGCCAUCUCGAGUGCUUGGGGAGCUGCACUGUGCCCGACAACAACACGGCUUGUGUGGCCUGUCGCAACUACUACUACGAAGGAAUUUGCGUACCCACCUGCCCACCAAACACCUACAAGUUUGAAGGCUGGCGCUGCGUUACAAAAGACUUCUGUUCCAAAGUCCCUGCUACAGAGAUGAGUGACUAUGAGAAGUUUGUGAUCCACAAUGACGAGUGCAUGGCAGAGUGCCCUUCUGGAUUCAUACGCAACGGGAGCCAAAGCAUGUUCUGCAGCCCCUGCGAAGGGCCUUGCCCAAAAAUCUGUGAGGAAGAGAAAACAAAGACCAUUGAUUCUGUCACAUCAGCACAGAUGUUGCAGGGAUGCACCGUCCUCAAAGGGAAUCUGCUUAUUAACAUCCGCCGUGGGAACAAUAUUGCUUCUGAGCUGGAGAAUUUUAUGGGUCUGAUAGAAACAGUAACUGGGUAUGUGAAGAUCCGCCAUUCCCAUGCAUUAGUCUCCCUCUCUUUCUUGAAGAAUCUGCGAUAUAUUUUGGGAGAGGAACAGUUGGACGGGAAUUAUUCUUUCUAUGUGUUGGAUAACCAGAAUCUGCAACAACUGUGGGACUGGAACCACCACAACCUGACGAUCAAAGAGGGGAAAAUGUACUUUGCGUUUAAUCCCAAACUGUGUGUGUCUGAGAUUUACCGCAUGGAGGAUGUGUCGGGAACCAAGGGACGGCAGAGUAAAGGAGAUAUAAAUCCAAGAAACAAUGGGGAGAGAGCCUCUUGCGAAAGCCACAUUCUGAAUUUUGUCUCCAACACCACCCUGAAGAACCGGAUUAAGCUCACCUGGGAGCGGUAUCGCCCUCCGGAUUACAGAGAUCUUAUUAGCUUCACUGUUUACUACAAAGAGGCACCAUUCAAGAAUGUGACAGAGUAUGAUGGGCAAGAUGCUUGUGGUUCUAAUAGCUGGAACAUGGUGGAUGUUGAUCUGCCCCCAAACAAAGAGAACAACCCUGGGAUUUUACUGCAGGGACUGAAACCUUGGACUCAAUAUGCUAUUUAUGUCAAGGCUGUUACUCUCACAAUGAUGGAGAAUCAUCACAUCCAUGGAGCAAAGAGUGAAAUAGUCUAUAUACGCACCAAUGCUUCAGUACCAUCUAUCCCACUGGAUGUUAUUUCAGCAUCUAAUACCUCCUCUCAGUUAAUAGUGAAAUGGAAUCCACCCUCUCUCCCCAAUGGCAACCUGUCCUACUAUAUUGUACGGUGGCAGCAGCAGCCUCAGGACAGUUAUCUUUACCGACAUAACUACUGCUCCAAAGAUAAAGUCCCAAUUCGGAGAUAUGCUGAUGAGACCAUUGAUACAGAAGAAGCUACCGAACCCACCAAGCCAGAGGGGAGUGAGGGAGAAAAAGGACCUUGCUGUGCUUGCCCCAAGACAGAGGCAGAGAAGCAAGCUGAGAAGGAGGAGGCAGAGUACCGGAAAGUCUUUGAGGACUUCCUCCAUAACUCCAUCUUUGUGCCCAGACCGGACCGGAAGCGCAGGGAUGUGUUCCGAAUCGCAAACACCACCCUUUCCAGUAGGAACAAGAACACAACGGUGCCAGAUCACUUCGCCAAUGUGUCUGAUGUGGAGGAGAGCGAGAUGGAAUAUCCAUUCUAUGAGAGCAAAGUGGAGGGCCGGGAAAGGACGCUCAUCUCCCACCUCCAGCCUUUUACUCUUUACCGUAUUGAUAUUCACAGCUGCAACCAUGAAGCAGAGAAACUUGGGUGCAGUGCUUCCAACUUUGUCUUUGCAAGAACCAUGCCUGCAGAAGGAGCAGAUAACAUUCCAGGAACAGUAACGUGGGAAGGCAAAGAAGAUAAUGCCAUCUAUCUGAAGUGGUCAGAACCUGUAAGCCCUAAUGGAUUGAUACUGAUGUAUGAAAUCAAAUAUGGGCAGCACGGAGAGGAGAAACGGGAAUGUGUUUCUAGACAGGAAUACAGGAAGUUUGGAGGAGCCAAACUAACUCAUCUAAACCCUGGAAACUAUUCUGCCAGAGUUCAGGCCACCUCUCUAGCUGGAAAUGGAUCAUGGACUGAACCAGUGUCUUUCUAUGUACAACCCAAACCGGCAGACUAUGGGAAUUUCCUGCACUUGAUAAUUGUGCUUCCCAUUGCGGUGCUGCUGGUCAUUGGAGGUUUACUAAUAAUGCUGUACGUCUUUAACAAAAAGAGGAACAGUGACCGACUAGGAAAUGGAGUGCUUUAUGCUUCUGUGAAUCCUGAGUACUUCAGUGCUUCUGAUGUGUAUGUUCCAGAUGAGUGGGAAGUGCCCCGUGAGAAGAUCACCAUGUGCCGAGAGCUUGGGCAGGGCUCCUUUGGAAUGGUUUACGAGGGAAUAGCUAAGGGAGUGGUGAAGGAUGAGCCAGAAACUAGAGUGGCCAUCAAAACUGUCAAUGAGUCUGCAAGCAUGCGUGAACGGAUAGAGUUCUUAAACGAGGCCUCAGUCAUGAAGGAAUUCAAUUGUCAUCAUGUGGUGCGGCUGCUUGGAGUCGUCUCUCAAGGCCAACCAACACUGGUUAUCAUGGAGCUCAUGACACGCGGGGAUCUCAAGAGUUAUCUGAGAUCUCUGCGGCCGGACACAGAGAAUAACUCAGGCCAGUCUCCUCCAACUCUGAAGAAGAUGAUUCAGAUGGCAGGAGAGAUUGCUGACGGCAUGGCAUACCUCAACGCCAACAAAUUUGUGCACAGGGAUCUCGCUGCAAGGAACUGCAUGGUGGCUGAAGACUUCACUGUAAAAAUUGGAGAUUUUGGCAUGACCAGAGAUAUCUACGAGACAGAUUACUAUCGGAAAGGAGGGAAAGGUUUGCUUCCUGUGCGUUGGAUGUCCCCAGAGUCACUGAAGGAUGGAGUCUUCACAACACAUUCAGACGUCUGGUCCUUUGGUGUUGUCCUUUGGGAAAUUGCAACAUUAGCAGAGCAGCCAUACCAAGGCAUGUCCAAUGAGCAAGUUCUUCGCUUCGUGAUGGAGGGAGGCUUAUUGGAGAAACCAGACAACUGUCCUGAUAUGCUGUUUGAGUUGAUGCGGAUGUGCUGGCAGUACAACCCCAAGAUGAGGCCCUCCUUCUUGGAAAUAAUCGGUAGCAUUAAGGAUGAGCUGGAUCCAGCAUUCAAAGAGGUCUCCUUCUUCUACAGCGAAGAGAACAAGCCUCCAGACACCGAGGAACUCGAUCUGGAGACUGAAAACAUGGAGAGCAUUCCUUUAGAUCCCUCCUCCACCCUCCAACCCUCUGACAAGCACUCAGGGCACAAAGCUGAGAACGGCCCAGGCGUGGUGGUGCUGCGGGCCAGCUUUGAGGAGAGACAGCCGUACGCACAUAUGAACGGAGGGCGCAAGAACGAACGGGCCUUACCUUUGCCCCAGUCUUCGGCCUGCUGAUCCUUAAAACCCAGAAUCUCACAAACACACACAUGUUGGGGGAAGAAAGAAAGAAAAGAAAAUAUAUUCAAAAGCCUACUGUACCUCAGUGGAUCUUCAGAACUGCCGUAGCUGCACACGGGAGAAUCCUCUUUUCAGUAAACACAUUAGUUUUUUCAUUGUUCAAUAUGCAAGCAGGUGUUUAUUUCAGUAAAGGACUCUGUUCAAUGAGGCGCACAGUCAGCCUUUCAAAACUCUAAUGUUAACACUUAAUAGCAACAGAAAACUUGAGAUCUGAUGUGUCUCUUCUUUCUCUCUCUCUCUCUCUCUCUCUCUCUCUCUCUGCUUCAUAAUGGGAAACAUAUCUGCGUGCAAGUUCAACCAUACAGCACUUUUUUCAGAUCAAAGAAAUUGCAGGCCAGGUGGCUCCCUGUUAGCCCUUGAAACACCUGCUUAACACUGUAGGUCUUUAUAAAACCAGAAUUGGAAGGGGGAAAAAAAAAAGACUGGAUUUUUAAUGUUACUCUGACCUUUUUAAGAACAUGUUAAAGAAUUGAAGAAGGGGCAUCAUUCGUCCAAGGUUGUUACCAUUUUCAGCGCUGCCAAAUUUUGCCAAAAAAAAAAAAAUUUUGGGGGGU